AUGGAGACUCCAGAAUUCUUCCAAGGAACAUACGACAACACCCAAUUCGCACCCGAAAAGCGACACUCAGAUGCCAAACCCGGUGACCAUUUCAUCAUUGAAGACCUCCUUGACUACCCUAACGACGAUGUUGCUGUCGAUGAUGGUACGUUUGACACCGUCGCCGGAACUUCCACUGAGUACUCCUCCACUGUCACCGCCGUUGAAAGCUGCAACUCUUCAUCAUUCUCCGUAAAUGAACCUCACUUUUCCGGUGAAAUGGGUUGCCGGAGUUUCUCUGAUGGCCAAUUCUCUAGCGACCUUUGCGUGCCGUACGAUGAUUUGGCUGAGCUCGAGUGGCUCUCCAAUUUUGUGGAAGAAUCAUUCUCUAGUGAGGAUUUGCAGAAGCUCCACCUGAUAUCAGGAAGGCAGGUCCGAACUGACGAAGUAUCGGAAAGCCACCAAACAUCUCGAAACACUUCGAUAUUCCAUCCCGAAAUGUCUUUCCCCGGGAAAGCACGUAGCAAGCGCUCACGCGCCGCCCCAUGCAACUGGACGACCCGCCUUUCCGUCGUCUCUUCCACCAACAUGACCACAAUGGCUUCGUCCUCAGACUCCGGCAUUGGUUCGAGUACCGGCGAGAAGACUGUGAAAGAGAUAACAAUAAAGAAGGAAGCCACAGACAACGCCGGCAAUACGAGUGGUGGGGAUGGGCGGAAGUGUCUUCAUUGUGCCACCGACAAGACACCACAAUGGAGGACUGGGCCCAUGGGCCCGAAAACACUUUGCAAUGCUUGCGGAGUCCGGUAUAAAUCGGGCCGGCUCGUGCCCGAAUACCGACCCGCAGCAAGCCCGACUUUUGUGCUCACUAAACACUCAAAUUCUCAUCGGAAAGUGAUUGAGCUGAGGAGGCAAAAAGAGGUACAAAGGGCUCGGCAACAGCAGCAACAUCAGUUUCUUCAUCAGAACAUGAUGUUUGAUCUAUCUAAGAUUGAUGAUUACUUGAUUCAUCAACAAACUGGGCCCAACUUUCAUCAGCUGAUCUAGUAGGUGCAAGUGUAGGGAAUCAAGGAGUGGAACUCGAAGUUUCGUGGCAAAAAAUUAGUCAAUAGUUUUUUCUUUUUAGUAGUUUUCUAAUUUCCUUACUGCUAAUGUUUCUUGACUUAUUUUAAAUUUUUAUAGUUUUUUUGUUCUUCAAAAAGAAUUUUUAAUAUGAGAAAAAAGAAAAAAGAAAAAAAAGGAGGGGGAUUAUAAGAGUAGGGGGUGUAGACUCUUCGAUGUCCUUUUGAGUUUCAUUUGCCGAAAUCGGGCAAAUUCUUGUAUUAGUUUCUUCCGUCAUUUUGUUUUUGA